GUAACCGCUGACUCUUCGGUGGAGAUUUUUCGGGUAGUGUACACGUUUUGGAGAUAACAUAUUAUUACUCAGAUAGAUGAUACCGUGGAUUUUUGUUAAAACCAGAACAAUAUAAUCCGUAUUAACAUAACCACUGGGAAAGGUGGAAAAUAAUCAAGAAAAAUUAGAAAACAUUAUGGGUAAACACAAGAGAAAACAUCAAGAGAGUUCCAAAGACGAGGUGUAUGUAGAGAGGUUCAACCAAGAGCUACAACAAAAAUGUUCAGAUAUGCCUGUAACCAAUGAUCCAUCACCAGAACACAAACACAAAAAGAAGGUGAAGAAAGAUUUGGACCAAAAAGACUAUGAGGUGUGUACAGUUUCCAAUCUUAUAGAAAAUGUUAACGAUUUUGACGAUAAAAAUAAGAAGAAGAAAAAGGCAAAAAAGAGAAGAAGGGAAGAGCAAACUGAUGAUGCUUCAACAACCCCAUCAUUGAAUAUCGAAGAUUCGAUUAUGAUGGCUGGUCAAGAAGAGGAGGGUAUUGUUAAGAAGAAAAAAAAGAAAAGGAAACAGAGAGGCAAUGAAACUGUAAAUGGAAUUGAGAUAAAUGAAAGAAAUAUGGAUGAAAAACAAACAUGUGUAGCAGAUGUCAGUGGUGAAGCAACUGAUGAAAGGAAAAAGAAGAAAACAAAGAGAAAGAAGAAAAAGAGAACUGAUGAUGAGUCAAAUGAAAAACAACGCAAAACUCAGUUUGAAAGUCAUGUAUAUUGUAAUGCAAAAACUGUGUCAUCAAAUGAAGAUAGAAAUCACUUAAACACAAGUUGCAAUUUAGCUUCAGCCACAACUGUUGGUCAGUGGGGAUCUGCGGAAUUUGAAGACAACAGCAGACAGAAUAAGUUCUUUAGACUGCUAGGAGGACUAAAGAAUAAAGAUUCAGCAGUGGGGAUACAGAGCAAGUUUCAACUUGGAAAGAAUAGUAUUCAAUCAGGUGGUGGCAAAGCAAUGAACAGAACACAGCAGGAAACAUAUGCCAAAACAUUAGAAACAGAUUUUCAGAAGGCUUUAACUUGUAAUGUCAACAGAGGUAUUGGACUUGGUUUUGCAAAACCAGCGUCUGAAGGAAAGAAAUUUCACAUUGAUGUUUAUCAAUCCAAAUCAAUAAAAUUUGAUGAUUAAAUUUAGGCAUUAAUAUACCAACUUGUAAGGGAAA